UUACCCCUAACCAUGUGGUGGCGGUAACAGGCGUGCAAUCGAGGUGUUUGUCUUCAUGCCGCAUUUUGAGCGUCUAUUAGUAGAAACAGUAAAGUUUGCUGUUCUCCGCUGUACGUAGUCGCUGAGUCAUUAUGUCAAGGUUUCUCCUGUCAGCAAACUUAAGAAGAUACAUAGUCUCUCCGAUUAGAAUGGCAUCUGAUCAGCUUGGUGAGCUGGGCAAGGGAGCAGGCAAAGGUGGAGGUGGAGGUGGCUCUGUGAGGGAAGCUGGGGGUGCAUUUGGAAAGAGAGAAGUAGCAGAAGAGGAGCGGUACUUCAAGCAGAAAGAGAAGGAGCAGAUGGAAGCACUGAGGAAGCAUCACACAGAGGAGAUCGAGCACCACAAAAAGGAGAUUGAGCGCCUACAGAAGGAGAUUGACCGCCACAAGGGCAAAAUCAGAAAGCUCAAACAUGAUGAUUGAAUCUCGGAAGCCUGUUAUCAUUCCUCUUCCUGAGAUCUUAUUGCCAUGUAAAUGAUUAGCAGAUAUUAAUUUGCUGCUAAGGCAGGUCCUGUAUAAGAUUCCACACUAAUAGCAUGAAUACUUAAAACAAUAAAGUACUUAAUUUUUCACAUUUCA